CCUGAUGUUAUGGCAUCUUUUCUAAAAGCAACCCACUUCAUUCACUCCAAUAACAAGCUUGAAUAUCACGCAUUUCCUCACUCCUAUAAUAAUACCAGAAGACUCAAGAUUUCAACUUUGGUCAAACCUCCCAUGGCUGCCCUCAGCACCACACCAACUGUUGGACUUUCUGAAACUUUGGCUCGAUUGAGGAAACAAGGCAAAGUGGCAUUAAUUCCAUAUAUCACUGCUGGGGAUCCUGACAUGUCAACAACUGCAGAAGCACUGAAAGUGCUUGAUCGAUGUGGUUUGGAUAUCAUAGAACUAGGAGUACCUUACUCUGAUCCGUUGGCUGAUGGUCCAGUCAUCCAGGCUGCUGCUACAAAAUCACUGAGUAGAGGGACCAAUUUUGCCAAAGUCUUAUCAAUGCUAAAAGUCGUUGUGCCUCAGUUGUCCUGUCCAAUUGCCUUGUUCACAUAUUAUAAUCCAAUACUUAAGCGCGGUACUGAAAAGUUCAUGGCCACUGUGAGAGAUGCUGGUGUACAUGGACUUGUUGUUCCAGAUGUCCCUCUCGAGGAAACUGAAACUUUAAGAAAGGAAGCUGCUAGGCAUAAUAUUGAAUUGGUAUUGCUUACAACACCAACUACUCCAACAGUUCGUAUGAAGGCCAUUACUGAAGCUUCGGAAGGAUUCGUGUAUCUUGUGAGCUCAAUCGGAGUUACUGGAGCUCGUGAAUCUGUGAGUUCGAAGGUUCAAUCGCUCCUGAUCGACAUUAAAGAGGUGGCAGGAUGGGGAGCUGAUUGUUGGCAGUGCGAUGGUAAGAAUAUUAGGUGAAGCAAAAUCCCCCCAAGAAGGCUUAAAGGAAUUAGAGGUCUUUGCGACAUCUUUAAAAUCUGCACUCUCUUGAUUUAAUUUUUAGAAUCCACGAUUUUUUGUUUAAUCCACCUUGGCACUUCAUUUUUGUUUGAUUUAAGCUUUAAGAUUUUGACAGUCAUACUCUAGCUUGUAAUUGACGCACUCUUCUCUUGAUGUUUUCUAUGGUAAUUUAAAUUUAAUUAGGGCAAAAACAUGUUUGGCAA